AAACCAAUCAGAUUGUCACAUAUCGAGGUGGUCGGUAUGAAUCUGGAGUUACACACAUUGACGAUUCUGUCGUUGUUUUUCAGUUCUAUUUUUGUUUAUUGUGGGAGAGAUUUUUACGCUAUUUUAAAUGUCCCUCGUACUGCAAGCAAAAGUGAAAUUGGAAAAGCCUACAGAUCUCUAGCUAGUAAACUUCAUCCUGAUCAAAACCGCGGUGAUCCAAAAGCUGACCAAAAACUUCAAGACAUUAAUGAAGCUUACGAAGUUCUUAGCAAAGAAGACAAACGCAAACUUUAUGAUCAGUAUGGUGAAGAGGGUUUAAAAAGCCAUGGAGAACAUGACUUUAAUCCGUUUGGUUUUGCUCGAUCUCCGGAAGAGGCACCACGUGGAGGUGAUAUUGUUAUGGACCUUUGGGUUACUCUGGAAGAACUCUAUGUGGGACACUCUAUCGAGGUGACUAGACGUAAACUGAUCAAAAUGCCUGCACCUGGAACUCGCAAGUGCAAUUGUCGUAUGGAGUUACGUACGACAGUCCUAGGCCCCGGUCGUUUUCAGAUGCAUCAAGAACAAGUCUGUAGCGACUGCCCAAACGUCCAGUUUGUACCUGAAGAACGCAAUCUAUAUGUAGAAAUUGAACCAGGGAUGAGUGAUGGGUAUAUUUAUCCGUUUGUUGGUGAAGGAGAACCUCAUUCUGAUGGUGAAUCAGGUGAUUUAAAAUUUCGUAUUAGACAAAAAAAACAUAAUAUAUUUCAUCGACGAGGUGAUGAUCUGUACACAAACGUCACUUUAACUCUGGUUCAAUCCCUAAACGGAUAUCAACUGACUUUUCCACAUCUAGAUGGUCAUCAAGUUGUUAUCUCAAGUGAUUAUGUAACCGCUCCUGGGACAAUUAUUCAUAAACCAAAUGAAGGAAUGCCUCAUUUGAAUAACAACAAACGCCGUGGUUCUCUUUACAUUACAAUCGAUAUUCAAUUUCCUGAAAACUUUAGGGUUCCUGAUGAUAAACGUCAAAUGAUUAGAGAACUUUUUGAUUCAUCCAGCACAAGCAAUGCACCUCCUUCAUCACCUCCACUUGAUCAACCAACAUCAGCACAGGUUUACAAUGGUCUAGAUAGAGGUAGUAAGAAGAUAUCUGUAAAAAGUUAAUCAAAUCGAUUAGCUUUUAGUUGUUUUCCUGUAUUUAGGAAUUUUUCUGUUUAUUUAUACAACCUACUGUGUACAGAUUGUCUUCUUCUAUCUGUUUAUUUGUAAUUUUAUAAUGUUUGAUAAUGUUGCUGGUUAAUUCAUGGACAUGUUUUUGAUUUUCAUAAAAUUUUCCUAACUUUACGAAAAUAUAAGUGCAAAUGAAUUCUGUUUUUUUUGAAGUUGUGGUAAAUAAAAGUCUUGAGUAGACGGAAUUGAUAGUUGAUGUUUUGCUUGGUAUAAUAUGCCAACAUUAUUUAUUGCAACGAGUUAUUUUUUUUCAAUGUAUGUAAAUCAAAAUGACAAUGGAAAAUGAUCUAUUGUAUACUUUCUGAUUUUAUGUUUGUAUUUGUGAUUAAACUACAGAGUGAAUUGUUUUAUAAGAAUUGAAUUACACAUAUUUCAUCAGAAACUGUCUGUGUAUGUAGUUUUUUUUUGUUGAUAAUAAAAAUAGUAGGAGAUCAAUAUGAUAUGGAAUAUUUGUCGUUAUUUACACUUCAUUUCAAUUAAAUACCCUGG